UUCACUGGAUAGUGCAACUAUAAGGGUGAGGUGGGUAGCUUCCACUCCACUUACACUGAACACUGAUACAGCUACCAGCAGCGGCGUCCGAGCUCCUUCAAGACAGGAUUCCGGCAGGCUAUGGAUUGACGGCAGCAAAUUUAGCUACAGUGCAUUAAACUCUCUCGCCCAAGCGGUUUGAUUGGGACUUCGGAAGUGGACUCGAGUCCACACGCCUUCUGUGCGCCUCACUAGAGCACAUAGCAGUCGCGUCGCUCUUGGCGGGGAUGGGGAAAAUGCGGCGGCCACAGAGACCGGCCAAGGCCGGAAGUGAGGAGAAGGCCAAAUGGGUUGCGGUGACCCCCGCCAUUGACGGGGAGGUUGAGGCAUCGAUGCUAGGGGCUUCGGUGGCAGCGGCGGCUGGGGGCAGGGAGAAGGGGCCACUGCAGGAUGGGGUUGCAGGGGCUCGAGCUCCUGUUAUCGCCACCAACGGGAAGGACAAGGUCUUAGUGCAAAGGGGUCCAGUGAUCCCUACCGUUGACAAGAAGAUCAAUGCGCAGGUGGUGGAGGGGGUGCAGGCGAUCGUCGUGAAUGGAAAUGGUAAGGAUGAGAAGCAUGAUGAGGAACAGUUGGGUCGCUCUCAACCGGGGAUGGCGAAAAUGUGGCGGCCACGGCGACCGACAAAGGCGCAGCCGGGAGCAGGAGGAGUGAAGCACGGUAAAGGGGUUGCGGUGAUCAUCGUUGAUGGGGAGGUCGAGGCAUCGGUAAUAGGGGUUCCGGUGAUCGCGGCGGCCAGGGGUAGGAAGAAGAGGCAACUAGAGGAUGGGAUUGCAGUGUGCCGUAUAGAUGCUUUGGAUGGUUCUCCAGCUAUCGCCACUCACAGAAAGUGUGAGGUGUCGGUGCAAACGGAUCUGAUGGUCCCCACUAUUGACCGGAAGAUCGAUGCGCUAGUGGUGGAGGGGGUGCAGGCAAUCACCGUGAAGGGGAAUGGUAAGGAGGAGAAGCUUGAUGAUGAACGGUUGCGUCGCUCUCGGCCGGGGAUGGCGAAAAUGUGGCGGCCACGGCAGCUGACAAAGGCGCGGCCGGGAGCAAGAGGAGUGAAGGACGACAAAGGGAAUGCGGUGAUCGUCGUUGAUGGGGAGAUCGAGGCGUCUGUGAUAGGGGUUCCGGUGAUCACGACGGCCGGGGGCAGGAAGAAGGGGCAACUAGAGGAUGGGAUAGCAGUGUGCCGGAUGGAUGCUCUAGAUAGUUCUCCGGUUAUCGCCACCAACAGAAAGGGCGAGGUCUUGGUGCAAGCUGAUCCGAUGGUCCCCAUUGUUGACAGGAAGAUCGAUGCGCUAGUGGUGGAGGGGGUGCAGGCAAUCACCGUGAAGGGGAAUGGUAAGGAGGAUAAGCAUGAUGAGGAACGGUUGCGUCGCUCUCGACCAGGGAUGGCGAAAAUGUGGCGGCCACGGCAGCUGACAAAGGCGCAGCCGGGAGCAGGAGGUGUGAAGGACGAUAAAGGGAAUGCGGUGAUCGUCGACGACGGGGAGGUCAAGGCGUCAGUGAUAGGAGUUCCGAUGAUCGCAACGGCCGGGGGCGGGAAGAAGGGGCAACUAAAGGGUGGGAUUACGAUGUGUCGGAUGGAUGCUCUGGAUGGUUCUCCGGUUAUCGCCACCGACGGUAAGGUCGAGUGGUGGAGAGGGUGCAGGCAAUCACCGUGA